GUGUUUUACGCUGGAAAAAUCCCUGGAACUAGACUGGCUGAGCUGAAGGCAAAAUAUGCCCUGUUACAUAACACUCUAGUAAGUUUACUCGAAGACAAGAAAUUAAUUGAAAAGGAGUAUCGCAAAAUUCCCAAAUCUUCUGACGCGGACAAGAAAAUCAAAGCCCUGAGGGACAGCUGCGAAGACCUGCGUAAAGAAACAACCCAGAGGAGGCAGGAAAUUAAAACCCUGAAGGACGAUCUGUUUGCAAGGCAUAAGCGUCUCACGAAGGAGCACAAAGAGCUGGAGGAACUGUUUCGGAAGCAAGAAGAACUGAAGGACGAACUCGUCCGUCUCCAAGCCAUCCCUAUUCAGCUCGGGAAAGAUAUGGAAAAAAUAAGCCGCAGAAUCCAGCUAAAAAAGAGCGACUGGCCCAAAGUCACCCAACUGCCUUUCACGGCUGAGGAGAAAGAAGGCGCCAUCAAAGAGGUCGAAGGGAAGAAAGCGCUCCUCGAGAUCAAAGAGCGGGAAUUCAACACGCAGACGAAGGUGCACGAGAUGAAUAAAGAGAACGAAGGCACCGCCAUUUCCGAGAGGGGCAUGUUGGAAAUGGGUUUUCGCAACGUCUCCAACCUGAAGCAGAAACUGCACGAUACGCUGAGCCGGAUGCAAAGGGAAAAAGAGAAGGACCUCAGGACUUUUAAAAAGAUGGAGAUGCAGCUGAAAAUUGCCCAGGAAAGCCUGCUACAAGUUCAGGGGCAUCACGAAAGGAUGCUUUUAGAGAUAGAUGCCGUCCCCAAAGACGACGGGGCGAUAUUAGAGAGGCGACGGGAGCUUCAGAGAGAGGUCGAAAUAGCAAAGAGAAAUCUGACUCAAGAG